GAAGACAAUGGAGUCCAUACUAUCAAGACUUGGACUCAUUGAUCUUACUCCUAGGAGAUGAGCCCCUUAACCAUGGAGUCUCCACUCUUUUUCCCUCAUCAAGGUUUUAUCCCAUUGGGUUUUCCUUGGUGAGGUUUUUAAUGAGGGAGGUCUUCAUGGGUUCCAAGCUUGACUUGUUCUACAUGGUCAAGCUUGAGGGGGAGUGUUGAGAUGAGGAGAUGAGGAGUGGAUACAUUGAUAGAGGAAGAGUAUUGGGGUAGUCAGUAACUUUAGGAUUUACCACAGUAACUUUAGUUUUACUGUGGUAACUAAAGUGAGAAGAAGAGAAGUUACCUGGAUGGGUUAAAUUGGAGUCUAACUGAUGUUAAUCCUUUCUUAUCCUAAGUGAGACGUUGGAAGAGGAUAAGGAAGGAUAAGGGAUCACUUUGACAGCCUGUAUGAUGCUGGAAAGGAGAGGAUGCUUUUACACUAGUGCAAGCAUGUGAGAAAGCACAGCCAAGUGAUUCAAAAGGAGUUCCAGCCUGUCCUUUGACUCCACAUGCUUAUGCAUUUCGAAAACCCUUGUUGCUCUCUCUAUAUAUACUUGUAAACCUCAUCAGUUAUUAAUCAAUGGAGUUUUGAGUAUUCUCUCUCUACUUAUUCUCUUAAUCUCUUUAAGCAUGUGGAGUCAAAGGACAGGCUGGAAUGUUGAAAUGAGUUGAGUAUAAGCAAGGGAAGUGAUUGGGGUAUAAGGAAGCAUUAGGAGAAGGAUGGGUUAAGGAAAGGAUGAGGUAUGAAGUCGACCAGUCCGUACAAUCCGUACUGGCCGUACUGGCCGUACAAGCCUUACCUUCCCGGGUCGACUUCAUCAUCAACCAAAACUUACCAUCCUUACCCAAGUUACUUUGGAGAGUUACCAUGAGUGUUAAGCAGCCUUGUGACCGUUGAAAGGAAGAAAGGAGACGCGGAGAAGACAGGCUGGCAUAGCUGUAAAGUGAUCAGCAUCUUGGAAUAUGCUGAAAGUGUGUGAAGCAUUCCAUUGGCCAGUUCAAACCAUCCGCUCCCUUUAGCUUUGACUACACAUGCUUUACCUUAUCUCUUAAGCUGAAACCCUAGUCUUUCCUUUGCUAUAUAUUGUAACUCUUGGUGAUUAAUGAAAAUAAUAUAUGAGUUUAUGAGUCUCUCUCUCUAGUUCAUCAUGAUAAUCUCAUACACCUUCUCUUAAACACUCUAAUCUCUCUUGUAUCUCUCUUAGACUACUCAAUACCUUUCUUAUUCUCUAAAAUCAUAUGGUAUCAGAGCCAGGUUGGCUUUGGUAUUGAGAUCUUGUGUUCUUCAGCUUCAGAUAAAAGUUCUUUCUUGUGAGAUUCUAAACUAAGUUCAAGCAAAUCAAGAUGGGAGGAAACAAGGUUAUUACGGUUCCGAUUUCACUCAAGGGUGGGGGAAACUACCUGUUGUGGUCUAGGCUUGUGAAGACAGCCAUUGGGAGGCUAGGGUUAUGGGGUCACAUCACAGAUGAAGCUCCAGCACCAGUGGCCAGUGAGGAAGAAGGUGGAAGAGAGCUCGCGGUUGCUGAUGGAAAGAAGUGGAUUCAAGAUGACUUGAUGGUGCUCUCGGUGCUGCAAGGAUCACUUGAAGAACAUCUCUUGGAAGCCUACAGCUACUGCGAGACUCCAAAACACCUGUGGGAGGUACUCCAAAAGACUUUUGGGAACGUUACCAAUCUGAACCGUGUGUAUGAGAUCAAGAAAGCUAUCAACACACUGGUACAAGAUGGAGAGGAGUUCACCAAGCAUUUGGGCAAGUAUAGAUCCUUGUGGUCUGAGCUUGAAUCAUUGAGGCCAAGCACGGCUGAUCAAGAGCUACUCAUGGAGAGGAGGGAGCAGGAUCAGGUGUUUGGGUUGCUGUUGACAUUGGAUCCUCCGUUCAAUGAUGUGAUCAAGCACAUGCUGAGGAUGCCAAGUCUUCCAUCCAUGGAGGAAGUGUGUGCGCAGCUCCAGAAGGAGGAAGGGUCUCUUGGUCUCUUCGGAAGUAAGGGAGACUUAGCUCUGGCCAACAAGGCUGAGGAAGGAGCGCAAGCUAACCGUGCAGCAUACAAGACUGAUGAGAGGAAGUAUGGUGAUGAGAGGAGGUUUGGAGGCAACUGUGAUCACUGCAAGAAGCCGGGACACAAGAGGAGCCAGUGCUGGAUCCUUCAUCCCCAUCUCAAGCCGGCCAAGUUCAACAAGGACCGAGAAGCCAGAGCUAACCUGUCUACUGAAGCAAGUGAAGCCGGUCCAUCAGGAGCAGGCUCAAGUGCACAAGUGGGUGAAAGCGCAGGAAAGGCAAUGGCAACUCACUACACGGCCGCAAAGAGUUUGGAGCAUGAAGUGAUCCGCAAAUCUGACAUUGAUGCCCUCAUCAAAGCUCUUAAGGAGUCUGGAUAUUGAGAGCAAUAAGUUGAUCGGACAAGGAGUAACCAAGGGGGAUCUUUAUGUA